GUCGUUUUUUUCUUGAAAAAAACAGGAGUUUGCAAUGGGGCUAACUCUGUAGCUAGCUAAACAGCCCAAGUAUGCUAAUGUAAAUAGCUAGCUAACAUUUUACAAGAUAGCUCAAGACUAGCUGGUUUGUGUUUUUACGUUACACUGUAAACACUUUAAUAUAAUAUCUAACUGUGUGUUGUAAAUGAUGGAUGAAGCUCAAGAAGAUUUAUUGGAACACGAAGAUAUCAGCCUGAAGCCGUUAUCACCGCCUUACAAUAUUCCUCCUCUUCGAUCCACUCGGCUGCACAUCCAGAGAAGCAAUGUUUGCUCUCGGGCUUACUUCGUGGUGGUCAUGGUCUUCUUCCAUGUUUACAUCUUGAAUGUCAUCGCCCUACUACUCUAUGUGCACUACAACAACGGCCCCGGGGAUUUAGUAAGUGGAGAUGGGGCGUCCCCUGCUCCAGUCAUCAACACGGACAGGCGCUUGCCCCAACCUGCUCCAUCGGGGAGAGAGUUACAUGUGGAGGAAUACAGUCAGAGUUUCAGCCUACAUCGUAUGGAGGGGAUACGGGUUGGACAUGUUCAACAUGUGUCUGUAGUACCAGACAGAACACACGAGAUGAAAACACUCAGUCUGAAACCUUUGCUGUUUGAGAUCCCUGGUUUCCUAUCCGAGGAGGAGUGCCGUGUGGUGAUACAGCUGGCCCAGCUCAAAGGUCUGAUGGACAGCCAGGCAGCAACACUUAGCCAAGAUCAAACAGAGUUAAACCAGCCGCUGCUUUCUCUAAGCACGGAAGAGGUCUUCCGUCUGUUGGACCUGAACCAAGACGGGUUUCUUCAGAAGCAAGAGAUUGUGAGUCAUUCUCGUUCUCGAGAUGGGACGUGGUUAAGCCCUGAUAACUUACGGCAAAUACUGACUGGCCUGGAAGCCUCUCCAACAGGAAUACUGACACUCGGAGAGUUUCGGCGUGUUUAUGAUGUGUCCCAGCGUCCACGGCAACAGCGAAGCGGGAGCCUGCAUAGUCACUUUAAGCAGAGAAACAGACAUACAUGGCUCUUUCAGGGGCUUGGAUCUCACCGCGUUCUUCAAACCCUCAGGAAAAGAGUAAUCGCUCUGACUCGUCUGCCCUCUGCACUUCUGGAACUAAGUGAGCCACUGCAGGUCUCCCGCUACGAGCACGGAGACUUCACCAACGCUCACUAUGAUAGCAGCUCGUCUCAGUCAGAGACCACCUGUGCACACACACGGCUGGCAGGAAACACGUCUGCUCUCACAGAGGUCUCCUGCAGGUAUUUGACGGUGUUAUUUUACCUCAGCUCUGUUGAGAAAGGUGGUGAAAGUACCUUUCCUGUAGCGGACAAUCGUACUUACGAUGAGCAGGCUCUGGUCCAGGAUGGAGUUGAUUUGACGGACACUCAACAGGCGUGUGGCAAAGGGAACCUGAGACUGACCCCAACUGCUGGAACAGCUCUCCUCUGGUAUAAUCAUCUCUCUGAUGGCAGAGGUUGGAUGGGCGAGUUAGACGAGUAUUCCCUGCAUGGUGAUUGUCCAGUCAAGCGAGGAGUAAAGUGGGUGGCCAACAGCUGGGUGAAUGUGGACCCCGAUCACCAGCAGCAGGCUCGCUACCAGAGACUAGUUGCUCAAAGGCAUCAAGCCAAGUCUGGUAUGGAUGAGCACUACCAAUCUCUGUCACACAGCGACCUCCACCUGGAUCUAUAGCCAGACUGUGAAACAACAUGACAUCAAAACAUUGCUUUGGAAAUGGAGUCAUUCCGUCUAGUGAGGUCUGACUGACAUUUACACAUCAGAUGAUGAGGAGGACUUUGCAAAAGUCAGGAGCAGCCCGCAUUAUUUUAUAGAUGUUGCUAUAAAGGACCCAGACGUUCUGGUCAUUUUAAAAUUACAGCAUUUUUACACUAAAAAGUCAGUCCCAAAGAGCUGAAAACUUACAUAACACUAAGAUCAACUGAUAUAUAAUCUAUCUGUGUUCCAGUUUUAUGCCUUUGCUCAAUUUGUUUCUAUUUCCUAAAGCUGCGAUCAGCAGACGCUAAUCAUUUGCUUUAAGUCAUAUCAUAAUCCUCAUUUCUUCAUCACUUGGCCAGUUUCUUCAGAUUCUUUUAAACUCCACAACUUCUUAAGUGAGGUUAUGCAAUAAUUUAGCCAAGAUCAGUUUUUGUUAGAUUUUUUUUACCUUUAACAGCAAAAGACAAUUUAUUGUUGGUUCUCAGUCAAAUUGUUUGUGUAGGCACAGCACUAGAUUUAGAUGCCUUUAUUCGUUCUUUAAUGAUUCAUAGGUUAAUGUUGUAUGGAUUACCGAGCUCAAAAGACAUUCCUUUGACACAUUUUAGGUACAAGAAUUGAACAGAAAUAUAUUUAAAUUAGUUAUUGUUAAAGAGUUGUGAAAGUCUCAAGACUAUAUCAGUUUCAUACAAGCAGGUCAGGCCUUUAAGUGCAAAAUUUAAGCGAUAAAGGGAGGCUCUAGACUUUUGCAUUGUUCUUAGUCGAUAUGAUAAUUGCACAUAAUAGCAUCACAUAUCUCUUUUCAUAAAAUAUCAUGAUUUUAAUACUGAUGGGGCCAAUUCCCUAGAAUUUAAUUCAUAAGAGACAUUAUCCAGAAAUUUAAGAGUGUAAAUGUUUCUAACCUUAACCGCACCUUAAAAAUAUAUAACUGAUAAAGAGUGAUAGCUAUUUCUAAACAAAAUGAGGGGAGAUGCAAAAACGUGCAGUCAAAUGUAAGAGAUAAGCUAGCUAGUGUGCAUUUUUUGGUUUGUGAGGCUUUUGCCCCUGCUUCAGGUUAUUCUUAUUUAUUUUCUUAUUUAUUGCUUUGAAAUCGAAGCCUUUUGUUAGAAGUUACCACAAUGCUCAUCUGUGAAUGUGUUUCCUGAGGGAAAAUGUUUCUCAGAUCUUUUCUUUUAGCUCUGUACUUCAUAUCUAUGUCCAGAGACGAUGAUCUGUUAUCAUGAAGUGUUAUUUAAUAGGACUUUGUUGUCAUCCUGUAAAACCAGGAGUCAGGAUUUAAAUGGACUGGACCGAAUAAUACACAGACAGUCCUUCAGGUAAAAGACAAAUGUAGGUCUUUGAUAUGUUUUGCUGAGUGUUUUUUCCACACAAAAAUAUAUUUAUUGUCUCAGACUAUUUAUUUAUUUAUUACCACAAAUUGGUAAUUUUAUUUAAAGACCUGGGUAUUUAUAAAUGGUUGACAUUGCACCCAAUCUGUAAGUGUGUACAUGUGUGUGUUGAAAUGUUUACUAUAUAAAGCUAUGUUUUAUUAACGGUG